AUGGCCGGCCUGACCCUGCUGGUGCGCGGCCUGCCCGCCUCGGCCCGCGGCCCCGGCCUGGAGCAGCUCUUCGGCCGGCUCGGCCCGCUCAGGCGCUGCUUCGUGGUGACCCGCAAAGGCAGUGAAACCUGCCGUGGGUUUGGCUAUGUUACGUUCUCCCUGCUGGAGGAUGCCCAGCGAGCCCUCAGGGAGGUCACCACCUUCGAAGGCCAUGAGAUCAAGGUGGCUGUUGCGAAGAAGAAGCUGAGGGAGAAGAAGCAGCGGCAGCUGGACACCCCGGAGACCCGUCCAGAAGAGCAGAAGCCGAAAAAGCCAAAAGGGGCCCCCAAGAAAGCCAGGUUGAUCAUCCGCAACCUGAGCUUUAAGUGCUCAGAGGAUGACCUGAAGGCUCUGUUCUCUCCCUUUGGAGCUGUCCUGGAGGUGAACAUUCCCAGGAAAACAGACGGGAAGAUGCGGGGCUUUGCCUUCGUUCAGUUCAAGAACAUCCUGCAAGCGGGGAAGGCCCUGAAAGGGAUGAACAUGAAGGAGAUCAAAGGGCGCACGGUGGCCGUGGACUGGGCGGUGGCCAAGGAUAAGUACCGAGCCAUGCAGGCAGGACCUCCCUCCGGGAACAGGGAGGAGAAACACAGCCAAGCCCAACAGCAGGACUCUGGCUCUGAGAACGCCAGUGAGGAGGAAGAGGAAGGUGAAGCGCUGGGAUCGGAGGAGCUGUCCAGCUCAUGGGUGCCAGGACGGCUCGGGAAGGGCACCGCUGCCGCCCGCGCAGACAGCAGCGAGGAGGAGGUGGGCGAGGCUGCGGGCGAGGCAGAGGAUGGGAGCGAGGCGGAGAGGGAAGAGCCUGAGGGCUCGGGCGAGAGCACUGCAGGCUCAGAGGAGGACGAUGAAGAUGCCAACGUGGCCAGGAAGAGGAAGAAGGGCCUGAAGCAGCCGUCUGACGUCACCGAGGGGAGGACUGUCUUUAUCAGGAACCUGGCCUUUGACACGGAGGAGGAGGAGCUGGGUGAGAUGCUGGAGCAGUUUGGGGACCUCAAGUACGUCCGCAUUGUCCUGCACCCGGACACGGAGCACUCCAGAGGCUGCGCCUUCGCCCAGUUCACCACCCAGGAGGCCGCCCAGAAAUGCCUUGAGGCUGCCCAGGACGACAGCGAGGGCGGGGGACUGCGGCUGGGCGGGCGCCGGCUGCACCUGGACCUGGCCGUGAGCCGCGACGAGGCCCAGAAGCUGCGAGCCCAGAAGGUGAAGAAGCCGACGGGCACCCGCAACCUGUACCUGGCUCGGGAAGGCUUAAUCCGGGCCGGCACCCAGGCCGCCGAGGGUGUCAGCACGUCUGACAUGGCCAAGAGAGUGCGGUUUGAGGAGCUGAAACGCCAGAAGCUGAAGGACCAGAACAUCUUCGUGUCCCGCACGCGGCUCUGCAUCCACAACCUGCCCAAGGCCGUGGACGACAAGCAGCUCCGGCAGCUCCUGCUGCGCGCCGCCGGUGGGGGACCGGGCCUGCGCAUCAAGGAGUGCCGGGUGAUGCGGAACCGGACGGCGCCGGUGGAGAAGGGCCAGGGCCAGUCUCUGGGCUACGCCUUCGUGGAGUUCGAGAAGCACGAGCACGCGCUGGCUGCCCUGCGCCACACCAACAACAACCCACAGCUCUUCGGGCCGCACAAGCGCCCCAUCGUGGAGUUCUCGCUGGAGGACCGCAGGAAGCUGGAGCUGAAGGAGCAGCGGGCCCAGCGCAGCCUGCAAAAGCUGAGGGAGAAGCAAGCAGCAGAGGGGCAAGGACCUCCCCGGGGGACUGGGCCUACGGAGAUGCCUCAGAAGCUGCCCCCGGGCCCCAAGGGACAGAAGAACCCUAGAAAGCGGGGCCCCAAGGGGCAGGGAGACGCCACAGGUCCUCAGAGGCAGAAGGACCCGAGGGGCCCCGGAACGCAGGGCCCCAAGGGGCAGAAAGAUGCCCUGGGCCCCAAGGGGCAGGGAGGUGCCCCAGGUCCCCAGAGGCAGAAGGACCCGAGGGGCCCCAGGACGCAGGGCACCAAGGGGCAGAAAGACGCCCUGGGCCCCAAGGGGCAGGGAUAUGCCGCAGGUGCCGUGGGGCAGCAGAAUCCCAGGAAGCGGAGCCCCGAGGGGCAGGGGGCCGGCACCCCGUGGGCUGGGUUCCAGACCAAGGCGGAGGUGGAGCAGGUGGAGCUGCCGGACGGGAAGAAGCGUAGGAAGGUUCUGACGCUGCCGACUCACCGGGGGCCCAAGAUCAGGCAGCGCGACAGGGGCAAGCCGGCAGCCCCGAAGAAGCCGAAGGCCCAGACCAGCCAGCGACGGCACGAGAAGCAAAGAGUGGCGCCCAGACAGGCGCCGGGGAAGAGGCGGAAGCUGGUGGGGGGCCGGGCGGAGGCCCGCUUUGACCAGCUGGUGGAGCAGUACAAGCGGAAGAUCUUGGGCAGUGCCCCGAGCGCCCCUGGGGCGAAGAGGAGCAAGUGGUUUGAGAGCUGAGCACCCCAGAGCCGCCGGGGGGGACUGUCACACCACAGAGCAGUGCCAGCCUGCCCCCCACAAGGGGCUCCGUGUGUGCCGGGCGGUGCCUGCACCCUCUGCCACCCCGCGGUGGGGGGGCCCAUCCUCUUCUUUUGGUUUCUCAGAUUUGUAUUAAUUUAAAUCUUCACUUUUUUUAA